AUGACUGUCUACCCGAUGACACUGCAUGGUCUGAGCGGGGGCGAUCUCGCUGCCAUCCACAAGCUCAGGUUGUCGUACCAGGUUGGUGUGUCAUUCGAGGAGCAGUACUUGAGUCCCAGCACGGAGAUGCAUGAAUCGCAAGGCGAUGCAUGGCUGUCUUUUGCCGCUCGUCGGCAUGUGAACACCCGGCCGCUCCAGGGCUUUGGUGCUUUGAAGAGCUUCACAGCCUUGCGCAGUGUGGCGCAAAGCCAGAUCGCUCGGGUCCAGGCGGCUAGCCAGUUGCAGUAUGAAGGCGGCCCGAAGCGCGAGCCUGGGGUGAAGCGAGAGCCUCAGGCUGCCCAAGUCAAGGAGGAGGGUUCGGAGUGCAAGGAGUCCGACGACGAGGACACUGCGUAUGCAUCGCCGAAGUCCAAGCAGAGACGUGUCAGCGCGCAGCCGCAGCUGGCGAUCGUGCACACACCCACAGCAGAAAAGGGGAUGCUGGCGACGGGGAAGUCCGAGAUAUUGAAAACACGAUCCGGAGUUGGGCGUGGCCGAGGUGGACGGGGAGGAGGGCGCGGAGCGGCGCAGACAGCUCUGGCGGAUGCACAAGAGAUGGAAGAGGCCCCCGCCCUCAUGGAUGCCGAAACCUUCCAGAAAGUGGAUCCAGAGAUGUUCCAGGUUGCGGAGAUGCAUGAAAGGAUCAGCGGCAAAUCCAGCGUUUCGUUUCAGAAUCUGGACGUCCUGCGAUUUCUCCAGGGAGAGAAGCUCGGGCAGUCGCUGGUUGGAGCCAGAAGAGCGUUGGCUAGUUUGAACGGCAGCUCAGAGGAACAGAUGCUGACAAGCCGGAUCUCCCUCUGCCAGGCGGCGCUAGACCUGUCCGGGAAGGUCGACAGUUUGUCCACCUCCAACUUGGUGCUGAAUCUCAAGAUUCUGGAGCCCGUGUUUGACACGUUCCCCUUCGCGAUGCAUCUGCGUGUUGUGCGGAGGCUGUACCAGACGAGGCUGCAGAUCAUCUUGCGUUUGGCAUCACCCAUGGAGCUGGACGACACAGCAGACGAUGCAAACGCGCUUGAAGCUAUGGUGUCCUCGCUGUGCCGUUCCUUCGCUUUCUGGGAUGGAACUCAGUCCGAAGCGACAGUCAUGGACCACGAGGCGCCCUCGUUCUACCCGCUCUACGUGCACCUCAGGAAGCGCGCAGAAGCCUUGGGUGAGUCCGUUGCGUGUGGCAAGGACGAGGACUCGGAUGAGGAGUUCUUGCAGCUCCGUCAGGGCUCGAAGCGCAAGCGUGACGACGAGGACCCAGAAAAGGAAGAGUCCGGCAGCGAGUCCGUGAAGGACCCAGAGGAGACAGACACAACCUGCCAGGCGUUGAUGCGAGAUGUAGAGGCAAGUCGUGCAUUCUGCGGAGCCGUGAAGAAGACCCUCAACGACGAUGCCUUCUUGGCGGCACUGAACCACGUGAAAGAUGAUGCAGUUUGCAAGCGGUUGUGUUUGUUGGCGGCAGGUUUUCUUGAGGAGAUCGAAGGCAGUGACGGGGCAGAAGCAGACAGCCGGACGGCCUUCUUCGAGAAGGACUAUGUGGGCAAGAUGCUGCAGGAAACCUACCAAGUCGGCCUGCGUUUCUUCAAGUGCGUCUGCAAGCUCUUGCAGGUCCCCACGCAUUCGAUCUUGAAGAUCGAAGACGUUUCCCUCUACCUCCACUACAAGGGCCCAGAGACGUUCAUGAAGGCAAUUCGCUCCCUCCUCACCCAGCCCGAGCCCCAGAAUGAGAACUUCACCAAGACCAAGGAUGAGUCGCGACGCCUGCUGCAGGACUGCGUGUCCGACAUUAUGCGGACAGCUGCGACAGAAUCCGGCGGGUCCGCAGUUAAGGACACCCUGCUCAAGCGUUUGUCGGACGUCGGGGCAGACUUGACCCCAGGGUGCUGCGAGCCGCUGCAAGAAGCUUUGAAGCAGCUUCCGGUCCUGGAACGACAGGUGCGCAAGGGCGCCACGGGCGUUCUGAAGGACUGCUUGCUAAAGUCGGCAGUCAGCCUGACGGACGAGGCCGUCCUGCGCCAGAACGACGUGCGCAUCAACGGCCAAGACUUGGCGACAUUGAUGGCUGUCUUGAAGCACUUCCGCGACGACAAGGGGACCAAUGACCGCCGGAUCUCUUUGCAGGAGUGGGGAACAGCGAAUGUUGCGGUCAUGAACGAGCAGGAAGCCUCCAAGCUGUUGGCGAAGUUCGCAACCGAUGCGUCUCAGGCAGCUGCAAUGAAGGACGUGGCCUUCGAUGCAAAUUACAUGCUCGAAUUGCUUGCGAAGCUGCCCAGCACUGUGCAGCCCGAGACCGAGAAGGCGUUCCAGGCAGCACUCGGGUGGUUGGUGGAGAAAGCGUUGUUCGAGGUGAUGUCUGCCGAGGCAGCGGAGGAGACCACGGGUCUCAUUGUUCUGCUGAAGAAGUGUGUGGUUUUGGCCAAUUUGCCGCAGGAACAGGGUGCCACUUUGCAGUCCGUGCAGCAGAUGCUGAAGCAUGCCGUCAUGUUCCGGAGCCGUGCAAAGACGUUGUUCAACUUUGGCAAGGAUGCUGCGGAACGGCUCAAAAAAGGAUGGCAACAAGCUCAGCGUGACAACGGCAGCUGCAACUUCCAUGUCCACCUUGAAGCAGUCCUUGAAGGAGUUCGAGUCAAAGGUGCAGAAUGGCCACGCGGAUGGGAACAGCAAGUUGAAGGAGCUCGUCCCACGGCUCACGGAGAGUAUGCACUUGCUGCUCACGCAUGA